AUGGCUCCGAGUCAAGCCCCAGAUCAAAUCGCCCAGACUAUUCAUCAUGAAGGCAUUUCAGACUCUUCAAAGUCUUUCUUCUCACGUCGAGAAGCGACAUUGGCCAACGACUUACCCCGUGAACUCCUCGUGUACAUUUUCGAAACGGCACAGAACAUACCAUCAAAAUGCUUAUCCCGCCAUUUCCCAUUCAUUCUGGGAAGCGUAUCGCAGUAUUGGCGCCAAGUGGUUUUUACAGAACCGAAGCUGUGGUCGCAUGUGGAUAUCUCGUAUCCUCGAAAUUUGAAUGCUUUACAAGUGUACCUUGACAGGUCCAAACCCUACCCUAUCGAUUUGCACUUAUUCUAUGACAACGCCCUUUCGGAUGACGUGAUUUUUGUCGAUGAAGAGGUCACCCAGCUUACAGAUAUCCUGCAGCCCCAUUACAGCCGUUGUCGUUCUAUCAAAUUUCUCGCGACGUGUGCUGAACAUCCUGCAGAGAUGGAGAUGAUGAAGAUUCUUGGAUCGAUGUCCAACAGCCGUUACCCGGUGCUGAAGCGUUUCCUCGUGCAGUUACCUGAAAUAGGUAACAGAGUAAGGCCAACGGCAUUGGGUCAUGACGCUCCGAACCUGACAAGUGUAUCCCUACGCGGUUUAGGUCUGAGCUACUGCCGCCCUCCCAUCAAUGCCGUCACCGAGCUCCAUCUAGCAGUGGAGAAUGAUAGAAUUGACGGCGACGACUUUUUCGGGAUGUUACAGGCGUGCGCGAAGUCAUUGAUCACGUUAUGUGUCUACGACGAUUUGAUUUCUGAGUGGCCUGCCGAAAGUCACUCUAUUGCUAUGCCUUCCCUUCGGCAUCUACGCAUUUUUGGAGAUAUGGUUGAAGUUUCCAGCCUCGAGGAACUCACCGUUGUUCCCAUUAUCUGGCAACACCUCUCCCGACUUUACUCAGAAGACCCUAACAAUAGCAAAUUCCCCGCAUUAAAGUCACUCACCCUUGCGUCUGCUCAUGCUGAAGCUAUGGCAUUAGGUUUGAUGUCUGCGUCAGCGUGCUUCCCCGGAAUCGGGUUGCUCAUUCUUCCCAAUUACUAUAAGCAGUCUUCGAGGUUGUCUUUCUUGAUGGCAGACGUCUCGCUGUGCGCCCUUGCGUACAUUAUACGUGGAUUCCUUAUCGGCAUCAAGAAUGAGUCGAAUGGACUGGCUGAAGGACCAGUUAACGGUAGUGGAGGCGGAUCUUUGGAAAAUACAAUGCCGCGACGGAUCAUACAGGGAACGUUGAUAUUUUCGGGCUACUGCUACUACCUAUGGCUUACACACAUCGAUCUCGUCACCGCCUCCGACCUGGAUUUUGAGAACCAUACUACAAUGGCGUGGGUCUUCAUAACACAGCCACAACCACGACGCCCCUCAAGGCCUCAGGCCUCAUUAAUCAUUCCUCGUUCAGUUUCAAUUAUCGCAAUGGCUGACCUCAUGUCAACAAAUGAUUUUGGAGUCACUGGAAAUUCCAACCUCGCAGACUUUUCAGAUGUUCAGAAAGCGACUCUUGCUGACGAAUUACCAUCCGAAAUUCUCAUUGACAUUUUCGAAAUGGCGCAAAACGCAUUCCUUCCAUCAGAAGAACACUUACUCUGGCGCUUUCCUCUCGUUCUUGGGAUGGUGUCGCGUUAUUGGCGCCAAGUUGCCUAUGGGGCACCUAUGUUGUGGUCGAAUGUGGAUAUCUCGCAUUACCGAGAUUUGGACGGUUUACAGGUCUAUCUUAGCAGAUCCAAGGACCUUCCUAUUGAUCUGCAUUUCACCUAUGAACAUAUGGGCGAGAUUUACAUUGAAAGGCUCAUAGGUAUCCUGCGGCUCCAUUAUCCACGUUGCCGUUCUAUCAGACUCGGCUUUGAAACCCCCCACAAACUCCUUCACUGGGGAAUUAUGAGUAUCCUUGACUCGCUACGCGAAGGCCGUUAUCCAAUACUACAGCGUUUUCAUGUGGAGGGCUUUGACAGCGGUGGUGAAUUUUUAGAGCCGCGCGCAACUGUAGCUGACGCUCUGAACCUCACGAAUGUACGCUUAAGAGGUCUGGGCCUGAUCUAUUGCCGCCCUCCUCUUACUGCGGCCACCGAGCUUCAUCUGGCAAUCUCAAGUUCACGUAGUAAAAUUCCCUACACCUACUUCUAUGGAAUGUUGGGGUCUUGCCAAGCCUUGAUCACAUUGUGUGUCUACGACGAUUUGGUUUUUACAUGGCCUACGGCGGCCAACCUCCGAACCGCUCAUGACAUGCCUUCUCUUCGUUACCUACGCAUCUUCGGAAACAUGCUAGGUGUUUCUGAACUCCUCCUCUCUAUAUCUGCUCCGUACCUGAAGGAACUCACCAUCGCCCCAUUUGACGUGAGCGAUCUCGAUUUACUUCUUGCGGGAGCUUCUCGCAACACCCCCCGAUUUCCGGCAUUGAAAUCCCUCACCCUCGCACCCAUCUGCGCUGACGCUAUGAAAUUAAGCCUCGCUAACACAUGUUUUCCCGGGAUCAAGUUGCUCGUUCUCCCCAAUUACUAUAAGGAAUCUUUUACAGAGUCUUUCAAUAUAGGGGGGCUUGACCCUUCUGAGCAACUUUGGCCUGAACUUGAUGGUCUCGCUGUGCGUGACAUUGAUGAGGGGCAGGAUCAAGUCGUGUUGUAUGAGUUUAUAGAGUUUCGCCAAAGUCUGGGUGUGCCAUUGGGCACAUUAUACCUGGAUUCCUCGUCGAUGCCGAGGAUGACACGAAUGGACUGGCUUAAGGACCGAUUAUCGGUGGUGGAGGCAGAUCCUUGGAAGAUACAGUGUCAGAACGCUUUCUAUUCAGAUGAAGAAGACCGCUUCCUCGGAGAGGAGGAGUGA